CACACACACACACACACACACACACACACACACACACACACACACACACCAUACUGCGCUUUUCACAACUCCUGUGGAAGCGUCACACACUCCUUGGAGGACUUUUCUUUCCUUCUUUCUUCCACGUGAUUUCUUAUGGACUUUUGAAAGUUUUUAACUUCUUUUCUAAUGUCUUCAGGGAAAAAGACACCAUCAUACAACUAGCUGAGAUGGAAGGGCUUUGACUCGCAGCAGCCUGGGGUUACAUCAUGGUUCUGGGCCAAGCUGUCAACAUGAGUUUGAUGGACAUUUCGAAGAUCUUCUCCCUGCUGCAGCCGAAGGAGGAGGAUGAGGACAACGAGCAGUGCCAGGCCUUGAUCAACGCCGUGAGCAGCGACAACGUGACUCUGCUCUCCGAGCUUCUGCCUCAGGAGAGUUACAGGAGGUCUAUCAAUGCUCGAAGCGGGUGGGGGGUCCCAGUCACCCCCUUGCGCAGUGCUGCUGCUCUGGGACACCUGAGGUGCUUGGAGUUGUUGGUAGAGCACGGUGCAGAGAUCGACAGCCUGGACGUGAAGGCCCAGACACCUCUGUUCACAGCUGUCAGUGGGAAACAUCUGGACUGCGUGGUUGCCCUGCUGAAGGCCGGAGCCGAUCCCAAUGGCAGCCAGUACAACAACUGCUCCCCGGUGCUGACCGCAGCCCGCGAGGGCGACUUAGACGUGCUCCGGGAGCUGCUGCGCUUCGGAGCCGAGGUGGACGCCAAGACCAAGGUCCCCGAGUGGGCCUCCAGUGCCACGGCCUGCAGAGGGCCCCUGUACAUCUCAGCUGUUUAUGGACACCUGGACUGCUUCAAACUGCUCCUUCUCUACGGGGCCAACCCCAACUACAACUGCACGGACAAGACGUUGCUGGCCAGGAUAAAGCAGCCAAAGACGGUCCUGGAGGUGUGUCUGCGUUACGGCUGCGGGGUGGAGUACAUCCAGCUGCUCGUAGACUUUGGGGCAGACGUGUUUCUGCCCACACUCAUCAUUGACAAGACUACGAAGCAGAACGAAGCUCUGAUUCUGCUGCUCAAAGAGAGAGUUUGUCCCAAAACACUGAUGUCGCAGACUCGGCUAGCAAUCCGAAGAUACCUCCCCUUUGCCAACAAAGAGCCUGUCAUCGACUGUUUGGACGUUCCUCUGAUCCUGAGGAACUAUCUGAAGCACAAACCUCUGAACACAUAUGAUGCUCACCGUAGCAUCAGAAUAUAGGGCCAGUGACAAUUGUUUUUUUUUUACCUCAUUUCAGAUGACUGGAUAAUUGAUUUCUAGCUUUUCCGAGAUGUAGAAAAGGUCCCUGUACUGUAUAGUGAGUGCUAUAAAUCCUUGUUUUUGUUAUUUAUAUAUUAAGAUUGAAAUGUGUGCCUACUAAACAGAUAUAUAACUUCUGAUUAAAUUAUUAUUCAGGCUCUACAAAGCUUAUGGAAGUGUCUUCGUCAAACACAGAAAGAUGAACAUCCUAAAGGACUCCAUGUUGGACACUCUGCCGUGUCCUUUUUGCAGUGUAACACCGUGGUUGACCACUAGAGACCACAGUAAUACUGCUUGUUGCCCUGGUCCAAAUUUGGUAACACCUCUUUGCAUCACCUUUAGCUCUGUUCUCCUCUGAGGUAACAUUACACAAUAAAAUAUGUAUACAUCCAGACACACAUGCACACAUCUUACCACAAUGUCUAAGACCUUCCCUUAAAAAACACUCUUUCGACAGCUGUGGACUUCAAAACAGGAAGCGGAGAAGACAUCUGCCCAAACGUCAUUACAGCAGUUAUUUGCAGGCUACAAUUUGUGGUUAUGAAUGUUUCUUUUGUGAGUUGUGAAACGCCUCGUGAUACCGCUAUUAUCUUGUGUUCGCAUGCCCUUGAAUCUUUCCUCUGUCACACAUCCAGGAGUUAAAAUGCGUCAGCUGUUGGGAAUGGUGGACCUGCAAACAGGAAACGAUGUCACACAACAGGAAACCCAGCACAAUGCUCCCACUCACACAUUGACGCCUCGAACACGCAGUUCUGUAGAGGUUUUAUUUUCAACAAAAGUACAGCUAUAUCAGAUAUGGAUUUAUUUUUACAGCGAAGUACAACAUAUUCCCAGUGCUUCUGAUUACAUCAAAACAUAGAAUGUACAUACAGUUGACAUCUCCACUCUCCCAUUCACAGUUUCUGGAUUGAAUAGGCAUUAUUUUUCAGGUUUUUCAUUUCUACAACAAAUAAUCAAACUCAAAAGGCCAGCGAGAAAGAAAAUGACAAAAUGUUUGCAUAUGGUGACAAAGGAUAUGGAUACUGUGAGUAAAUUGUUCUGUGUGAGGCAAAAAAUCCAGACC